UUUUGUUGUGGGGCUUGGGUCGGUGUGUUGGGAAAGGGGCCAGCGCAGCCGAGGCUGGGGUAGCUCCGGCCAGGACUGAGCGAACGAGCUGUGACACCUCUCCCCAGCUCCAGCUCCGCUGAGGAUUUCUAGAGCUUGGGUUUUUUUUAUUAUUAUUAUUAUUAUUAUUAUUAUUUUAUUUUAAGCGAGAGAGAAAAUGGCUCGACCUCUCCCUUUGAACCCCACUUUCCUACCUCCGACUUACGGGGUGCUGAAAUCCCUGCUGGAAAACCCUCUCAAGCUGCCGCUAAAUCACGAAGACGCAUUUGGUAAAGAAAAAGACAAAGAAAAGAAGCUAGAUGAUGACAGCACCAGCGCAUCAGUCCCCCAGUCAGCUUUCUUGGGGCCAACGUUAUGGGACAAGACGCUGCCAUAUGAUGGAGACACUUUCCAGUUGGAAUACAUGGACCUGGAAGAAUUCCUCUCGGAAAAUGGAAUUCCUCCCAGCCCAGCCCAACAUGACCACAGUCCACACCAGCCAAAUCUCCAGCAAGCUACCUCAGCAGCACCCUCUGUCAUGGACCUCAGCAGCAGGGCAUCUACAUCAAUCCAUCCGGGCAUGGUGUCUCAAAAUUGCAUGCAGAGCCCAGUCAGACCAGGUCAGAUCUUGCCAACAAAUCGUAACACGCCAAGUCCCAUCGACCCUGAGACAAUCCAAGUUCCCGUGGGUUAUGAACCUGACCCUGCAGAUCUUGCUCUCUCCAGCAUUCCUGGCCAGGAGAUGUUUGACCCUCGUAAACGCAAGUUCUCUGAGGAAGAGCUCAAACCACAGCCGAUGAUUAAAAAAGCCCGUAAAGUCUUCAUUCCAGAAGAUCUGAAGCAGGAUGACAAAUACUGGGCAAGACGUAGAAAGAACAAUAUGGCUGCCAAGCGAUCGAGAGACGCCCGGAGGCUGAAGGAAAACCAGAUUGCCAUCCGCGCCUCUUUCCUGGAGAAAGAGAACUCAGCCCUCCGCCAAGAAGUGGCUGACUUACGGAAAGAGCUGGGCAAAUGCAAGAACGUGCUGGCGAAGUAUGAAGCUCGGCACGGGCCCCUGUAAAUGGCGAUUUUUAUUCCUUCUUUUUUGUUGUGGGUUGGCAUUUUAAUAGAUGGACAAUGUGUUUCCUGUUUGAUAGCACCACACCCAAACCAACCUGUCUGUCAUCAGCACUUUACCAGAAGCAGAAACAAAACUGACUUACUAUUAUUAUUUUUCAUUUGUGUAUGCGUGUGUGUGCACAUCUCAGCGUUUUCAUGAACCCCUCUUCAAAGGGUGACACAUUUUUACCUGGACUAUUAAGAACUGCCAUAGUAUACUUCUCUUUUUUUUUUUCUUUGGUCAGUGCUGCUUCUGAUUAGGAUUUUUAUGUUGUUCUAAACAGUUUCAUCCUCACCAUUUACUUGCAAAGGUCCCAGUAAAAAUAAACCAUAACAAUUAAAAAAAGGUAGAUCUCAGUUUUCAAGAGUAACAAGCUAUUGUUUAAUUAUGUCUAAUCAGAAAAGUUAACAUGCUAAUGAAGUGCACAAACAAUAAUUCAGUACAACACUACAGAAAUAUUAAUUUAUAGAUUGCUUUUGUUGUAUUUUAAGUUUUGGUGAUAGCUGUCUUCAGAUUUAAAGUGCUGUUAGACUGAGUUAGGUCUGCUCAUUAGAGAUCCCAUUAUGACUUAUCUAUAUCUACUAAGUCUCCUUUUAUUUCCACAAACGCCAGAUAGAUAGGAGUACUAUUAAUAGAAUACAGAGUGUGUAUUUUGCACUGUCUGUACCUAAAGCAAUAAUCCUAUUGUACACUAGCGCAUGCUGCCUGGGUGUUACUAGUGGACAUAGGAUGACUUCCCUACCUAAUAAGAGUUUUAAUGUCUUAUAAAUAAAAGACCCAUUGAUAUGAGCAUGGUGAAAGCAUCCCUGGAACAGAAUGUGUGUAUGAAAGAGAGAGGACAAUUAGUCGAUACAAGAACAAAAUUAAAAAGUAUCAAAUCAGAUUUGAUGUUGAAAUUAGAGGAGUUUUUCUUUUAGUUUUCAUUUAAUUUUGCAUUGCUCCGAGUCCCAUUUUGUGAUUAAUUAACUAUUCAUUUUUCCACUUUUUGUAAUAUAUUUUCUGAGGAUUAUAUCUUGCUGUUUUAAAAUCAUUUUUAUUCAGUUAGGAGAGUCACUGUUUUGCAAACCGCACUUUUUCUAGUGAUGUUAUUUUGAGCAUGUCUUGAACUGAUUGUUCUGAACUUUAUCCUGUUUUCUCUCUACCUGCUUUUGAACAUAUGUUCUGUUACAAAGUGGACUUCUGAAAACGAAUGUGAGAAACACUGGUGAAUUUCAGAAGGCCAUGGUGUUGUCAUAUACUGUGGUUAAUCUAAUCAAUUUAUAUGUUUACUAUAGACCAAAAGAAUAGAUAUUAUAAAAUGUAUAAAGUUUAUACAAAAUAAUUAUAGUAUGGGGUGUUUUGUACAGUAUUUUUCAAAUACAAAUACUGACAGUGUAUUUUGAAAGACAUAUUAUAUAUAGCAAAGAAAAAGAAAAGGUUAUUCCAUGUUUAAAAUAUAUAGUAAAGAUCUAUAUUCACCAAUAUUGUACAGAGAGGAAGUGCUUUAGGUUUUUUGAGCUCUUUAAUAUUUUAAACCUACCACUGACACAUCAGCAUAUGUUGUGCUUUAAAUUGAAAACUUCCGAAGGUAAUACGGCUUGACAGGGUGAUUCAUAUAACUAAAAUAUUAAAAGGCUUUAUAAUUUUCCAUCAGAAACGUAUAAAGAAUGUGUUUGACACAGACAAAGCACAACAUAGAGUUUAGUCAAAUAUAUAUUGGACAAUGCAAUAUUUUGUAGAGGCAGAAAAAUAAUGUAGACUACAAAAAAAUCUCAUGCUCAUUUCAAAUCUGCUGCUGCUAGAAUUUGUUUCCAUCUGAAAUUCUUAAUAAAUAGCCUUGGUCAUUUAUACACUUUUAUGUAUUGCAUACAUUUAUUUACCUCUGAGGAAAAUACGGUGCUACAUAUCUGGCUCACAUAGUUUUCUAGGGUGUGUGUUUUUUUUUUUUUUUUCUUCAAAUAAAAAUGGUUGUUCA